AUGAAUGCGACGCGAGUGGACAAGCCGGACGCAGCUGCCAAGGCGGUGAACAGGCCGGUGUCGUCUCGGUUUGUAGACACACUGCUCCUCAAAAUGCGCCGAUGCUUCUUCGUCGUAAUAAUAGAUGGUCAAACCUCUUCAGAUUCCUUAUCAGCACCAUCAUGGCCAGCCCCGUCAACGUCACUCCGCGCAACUCUCUCUCCCUCCCUCUCCCCAUCUCCAUGCCUAUCCCUAGUUAUCCACAUGCCACAUGUGCCAUGCCAUGCCAUGCCAUGCAUCUACCUACCUAACAUUCGUGCGUCGUCGUGCGCCGGCGCGCUGCUGCAUAGCCAGAAGCAGCAAAGCAGACGCCGUCAAGCCGGUCCGCCGCCGGUCUCUGUCCACCAAGCAGCAAACAAACCGCCUGUACUGGCCUGGCCUCGCCUUGCGCAACGGCGGCGUCUGCAAUCCGUCCCUCCUCUGGCCGCUCCAUAUCGAUCUUCCACCACCACUACAAACUACUCUUUCACCAUUCAUCCAUCAAGCAGCAAUCGUUUCACAGAUGGGCCAGUACAAUAGUUAAUGAUGCACACAUACACGUUGAUCCCCCUCAUCUCUAGCAACCAAUUACUCUCCAUCCCCAUUCUAUCCCUAACGAAACGAAACGGCAAGUCUCGCGACCGCAAUCCAAUCGACAAACAUUAAAUGAACGAUCGCCCCCAAAUGAUGAGCAUGUGACUCCCUACCGUUCUGGCAAUCAUCACCCAACCCCAUCAUCUCAUU